AGGUCACCCUUCCCAGAGACCACCACCGCAAGGAGGUCACCCUUCCCGCAGACCACCACCGCAAGGAGGUCACCCUUCCCGCAGACCACCACCGCAAGGAGGUCACCCUUCCCGCAGACCACCACCGCAAGGAGGUCACCCUUCCCGCAGACCACCACCGCAAGGAAGUCACCCUUCCCGCAGACCACCACCGCAAGGAGGUCACCCUUCCCGCAGACCACCACCGCAAGGAGGUCACCCUUCCCGCAGACCACCACCGCAAGGAGGUCACCCUUCCCGCAGACCACCACCGCAAGGAGGUCACCCUUCCCAACCACCACCGCAAGGAGGUCACCCUUCCCGCAGACCACCACCGCAAGGUGGUCAUCCUUCCCGCAGACCACCACCGCAAGGAGGUCAUCCUUCCCGCAGACCACCACCGCAAGGAGGUCACCCUUCCCAACCACCACCGCAAGGAGGUCACCCUUCCCACAGACCACCACCGUAAGGAGGUCAUCCUUCCCACAGACCACCACCGGUAGGAGGUCAUACUUCCCACAGACCACCACCGCAAGGAGGUCAUCCUUCUCACAGACCAACACCGCAAGGUCAUCCUUCCCACAGACCACCACCGCAAGGAGGUCACCCUUCCCACAGACCACCACCGCAAGGAGGUCACCCUUCCCACAGACCACCACCGCAAGGAGGUCACCCUUCCCACAGACCACCACCGCAAGGAGGUCACCCUUCCCACAGACCACCACCGCAAGGAGGUCACCCUUCCCACAGACCACCACCGCAAGGAGGUCACCCUUCCCACAGACCACCACCGCAAGGAGGUCACCCUUCCCACAGACCACCACCGUAAGGAGGUCACCCUUCCCACAGACCACCACCGUAAGGAGGUCAUCCUUCCCACAGACCACCACCGGUAGGAGGUCAUGCUUCCCACAGACCACCACCGCAAGGAGGUCAUACUUCCCACAGACCACCACCGCAAGGAGGUCAUCCUUCCCACAGACCACCACCGCAAGGAGGUCAUCCUUCCCACAGACCACCACUGUAAGGAGGUCAUCCUUCCCACAGACCACCAAUGUAAGGGACAUUUUCUCCACUGUCAGUUGA